AUGACCGAAACAGAGAAAGAGGCUCGUGUCUCCAACGAUCCGGCUGUUGAAGAUCACACUGACACCAACACGGCCGUCCAACUGUCGCACGAUGUGGAGAACACCAACUACUCCCCGUGGACAUGGUCAAUGAUCCGCUUGUAUAUAGUUUUGGUCGUCCCGUACCUAUGCGGUUGUCUGAAUGGCUACGAUGGAUCUUUGAUGGGCGGCCUGAACGGAAUGACAUCCUACCAGAAGUAUUUCAACAUGACUGUGGCUGGAUCUAGCACCGGUAUAGUCUUCGCCAUGUACAACAUUGGUUCAGUCGCCGCUGUCUUCAUUACGGGACCAACGAAUGACUACCUCGGACGCAGAAUGGGUAUGUUUGUGGGGGCACUUAUUGUGAUCGUUGGCACAUGCGUACAAGCACCUUCAACAUCUUACGGCCAAUUCUUAGGAGGUCGUUUCAUUCUUGGUUUCGGUGUAUCAUUCUGCUGUGUUAGUGCGCCUUGCUACGUCAGUGAAAUGGCCCAUCCGCACUGGCGCGGUACUAUCACGGGCUUAUACAAUUGCACAUGGUAUAUCGGAUCCAUCGUCGCCAGCUGGGUCGUAUACAGCUGCAGCUAUCUCGCUCGUGUCGAUGCGUGGCGCAUACCUAUCUGGUGUCAGAUGAUCACAUCCGGUAUCGUGGUUGCCGGUGUCUGGUUCCUACCUGAGUCUCCUCGAUGGCUCAUGGCUCACGAUCGUGUCGAUGAAGCAGCCCAAGUACUCGCCAAGUACCACGGCGAUAAUGACACUGCCCACCCAAUCGUCCAGCUCCAGCUCAAGGAGAUGACGCGUCAGAUAAGUGUUGACGCCAGCGACAAGAAAUUUUGGGAUUACCACGAGCUUUGGGAUACACACUCUGCCAGGAGACGUCUUAUCUGCGUCCUGGGCAUGGCUUGCUUCGGUCAGAUCUCUGGGAACAGCUUGAGCAGCUACUACAUGGCAGCUAUGCUCAAGUCGGCCGGUGUCGUUGAGGAGCACAAGGUUCUGGCGCUCAACGCGAUCAACCCCGUGCUGAGCUUCCUCGGUUCCAUCCUGGGAGCCCGCAUGACGGAUGUUAUUGGCCGGAGACCUCUGCUCAUCUACACGACCAUAUUCUCCUCGGUCUGCUUCGCCAUCAUAACGGGGACCUCGAAGAUGGCGACCGACGACCCGUCGCAGGUGGCCGCGGCCAAUACGACCAUCGCCUUCAUCUUCAUCUUCGGCAUAGUCUUCUCGUUCGGCUGGACGCCUCUACAGAGUAUGUACAUCGCCGAGACGCUGCCGACGUCGACGAGAGCCAAAGGCACCGCCGUGGGCAACUUUGCAAGCAGCGCUUCGAGCACUGUGCUCCAGUACGCCAGCGGGCCCGCCUUCGAGAACAUUGGCUACUACUUCUAUCUUGUCUUCGUCUUCUGGGACCUCGUCGAGGUCGGCGUCAUCUACCUUUACUUCCCCGAGACCAAGGAUCGUACUUUGGAGGAAUUGGCUGAGGUUUUCGAGGCGCCUAAUCCGGUCAAGAAGAGUUUGGAGAAGAGGAAUGCAAGCACUGUCCUACACACAAUGCAGCUCGAGGCAGAUGAGAAGGUCGUAUAA